AUGGCGGCGGAAGUGGACCGCCAGCUCCGUACUACUCCUCUCGACUCGUUGGUUCAUGGUUCUCAGCGCAAUAUUAUCGAACAUCUCACCUUCGUCUUACACAAGGUAUCUAACUUGUCCAAUGUUGCCCAACACUCGUGGCUAAUCUCGACCCCUACAAGCUGCGAAGUCCUUGGCAUCAUAUUUGACGUCCUUACAUUUGCCGGCUACUUUCAAGUUGCUGUCUUCUCCGCCCUGCGCAUCUAUGCGAUUACUGGCGGAAAUCGUAUGCUGGCAGCGGUGGUCCUAGGACUGGGCCUUACACCCAUUGGAACUAAUGCGUUUAUCUUGUCCAAGACGCACGUAUCACCGGGCUUCUCUCUCAUUACUCGAAUCUCGCAAAUCAUCGCCGACCUGCUGGUAGUCACUGUAACGUGGCGGCAAACCUUCGGAUAUUGGAAAGAUAUCCCUAUAUCUCAACGUCCACCAACAGUUUCCUCAUGUCUGCUCCGUGAUGGAACCGUCUAUUUUUUUGCGCUAUUACUUAUGAAUAUCGCUCAGAUAUUGACACGCCGUCCUACAUUCGGUCCUGUGGCCCCGCUCAUAGCGGCAAUGCCCCCAAUCCUGGUUAGCCGGUUCAUGUUGAACCUGCGCCAAGUGCGCUCCGAGCCGAGUACCCAGUCUUGCUCCGCCGUAAUUCCCGCAUUUGAACCUACGCUUUCGAGCGCCGACUAUGGGGCGCUCACAAGUAUUAUCGGUAAUAUCGGAGAGCCCCUGGUACACGGGGAAUGCGGCGGGCGACGGGGCGGUGUCGACGAGGAGCAUCCAGGCCAUCUGCAGCUUCUCGCGCGUGGUGACGAGGCGGACCAUGUCGGUGUGGCUGAGCUUGUCGCGGUUGAGGAGCCGGCUGCCGUCGAGCAGCGUGCCAUCGGGCAACGCGCCGCCGCCGAUACCGCGUUACGCGAAGCCCUCGGAGCGGAGGAGCUCGUAAAGCGCGAGCUCGCGCACGGCCGGCAGGCUGUACAUGUGCGAGAGGACAACCGUCUCGGCCGCGUGGCCGGGGCGUGUGCACCGGCGAAAGCUUACCUACGCCAGCUACAUCCUUGA